AUGAAUGAAGCCGUUCCAAUAGUAGCUCUGCAAAAUUCCCAGAAUUUUUCGAAUAUUUGUCCUUCUCUAUCGAUUUUUCAAAAAACGCUGGACCGCCUCGGGGGAGAUCGCCACCGAGCCGAACUGAUGUGUUCACGGUUUUGCACGGAUAGAGCAGCUGAGAGCGCUCAGCUGGAUUUUGUCGCUCAAGGACCUUGUCAAAACGUCACUCACGAAACAUGCAAACAUUUCGGAUGGGGAUGGAAAACUUGGAAAUGGACUGGAAGAGAUCUUGAGCUUCGUAUGUUCAGUGAAGAGAGACCAUCUAAAAAAAAGCGAUUCGGAAGUAGCACAAGAUAA